UCAUAUAAAAAUUAAUAUAUACGAGUUUAAGAAAAUUUUUAAAUACAUAAAGAUAUUUUUUUUAUCAUAUUAUUAAAUUUACAUCUAAAAAAAAUUAUAAUUUAUUUUCAGAUCUUAGUGCUGCUAAUUUUAAAAAGAAAAGAAAAUGCUACUUAACUCUGCUUCUGUUUCUUUAAAACCUGACUUCUUCAGUAACCCUAUCUAAAUCUUCAUUCAUUGCCCUCAAACAACGGAAAUGGGUUUUCACUUAGCGCUUUACUUCAUCCUCCUACUCCUCUUCCUCUUCCUGUUCCUGUUAUGCCCAAUUUUACAAGCUGCAGAAUUUGAAGAACCUGCCUGUGGACAAGAAGUUUGUGGAAAUAUUACAAUUUCAUCCCCAUUUGGAAUCCACAGCAGCUGCUAUACUAUUCCUUGGUUUAGAGUGACUUGCAAAGCAACCCGUGAUGGGCAAAAGCCAUUCAUAAACGUAAAUGGCAUCGAUCUGGAGGUACUUGAUUUCACAUCUGCAGAUGCCAUUCUCAUCAGUAAUCCAGUUGCUUACAUUAAUUGUGAUCAUACAAGCGAGGCUAGUGUGAGUGUGAAUCUCUCAGGCACUCCCUUUUUCUUCUCAAGUGAGAGGAAUAAUUUCGGGUCAGUAGGUUGCGGAAAUUUGGCUGCUAUUUUAAGUGACGAAGCUGAUUCACUUGGCGGCUGCGUUCAACCAAGGUGUGACGAUGGUGCUUCUAAAUCUGGCUGCUUUACUGAAAUGACUGCAAAUCUCACUUCCUAUACUGUAAGCAUGAAAGCCAUGUAUCCUGACAGCAACAGAUGCGCAUCUGCUUUCAUCUAUAGCAGGGACUUUUUCCGUAGUGGUUACCCAUUACCCACUGGCAUCAAUAUUGGAACCACGCAUGCUCCCUCCGUGCUCAACUGGAAUUCCACCUAUUGCGGAGACGCAGGAUGCGGAAGACCAGCGCUAGGACCUAUCGAAUUCAACACCUAUAAGGUAGAGUCCUGUGGGAAUGUUUCUUUUUUCUACCCUUUUGGCAUGAAGCACCAAGAUAAUUCCAAUCACUGGUUUAACGUAAUUUGCAACAAAACUGUCAAUGGGCAAAAAGUGCCUUUCUUAAACAUAAAUGGCACGGAUUUGCAAAUACUAGACUUUGAUUUUUUCAAAGGCACCGUCAUGGUCAAUCAUCCAAUAACUUACUUCAAUUGUCGAAAAAAUCAUUACAAUGGGAUGAGUCUCAACCUAAUUGGCACCCGCUUUUACUAUUCAGAUUCCGGCAACAUCUUCUGGUCUUCAGGUUGCGGUAAUUUGGUUACUGUUUUCGGUAAUGAAAUGGAUAAUUUUAUAAGCGGAUGUUUGCAACCAAGUUGUAGGAUUAAUAACAAGGCUUCUUCUAUUGUUGGUUGUCGUGUUAAUGUUCCUCAAGGUCUUAGUUCAUUCUACGUAAACAUGAGUAGUAGGGUUGAUUCUAGUGAUUAUAAGAAGAAAAGAUCAUGCGGAUUUGCUUCCAUGAUUUCUUCUGACUAUGAUCUGACCUCCGAGUUCAAAGAUUUUGAUAUAAGUAAUAGGACGCAUAUCCCAACAAGACUGCAAUGGGGCACACCAAUAUCUGGAGUGUGCCAGUUAAAUGAUAGUUCGGACAUUUCUUGUACAUUCGAUGGUGAAUAUUGUUGGUCGAGGUUGAGCUCUAUUCAUCUAUGUGCAUGCAACAUAGGUAUUACUGAACUGAGGUCAUGCAAAGAUGAGAACUGUGGGUAUUAUCAGAAUUGCCGCAUGCUUUGUUUCAAUACCCCUAGCAACUAUUGCUCGUCGGAGUCUUGUCCUCCUAGUUAUGAAUACGAUAGUACAAGAUUUCGUUGCGAGCGCAAAACAAAGGCUCAAAAGACUAGUAAUAGUAGCCUGGAAAGCAUUAUUGUAGGUUGCAGCACUAGUAUUGGGACACUAUUUCUAAUACUCGCAACAUGGAGUAUGUACAAAGUCCUCAAAAGAAAACAAAACAUCAUUCUGAAGAAGAAAUACUUCAAAAAGCUACUGCAACAACAUUUGCCUAGCAAUGAAGGAAAUGUUGAAAAACUUACGUUAUUUACUUCAAAAGAGAUGGAAAAGGCGACGGAUCAUUAUAAUAAGAAUCGAAUCCUUGGUCAAGGAGGUCAAGGGACUGUUUAUAAAGGAAUGCUAAUAGAUGGAAGCAUUGUGGCUAUUAAGAAGUCCAAAAUGGUGGAAGGAAAGAAAUUUGAUGAAAAGAAGGUUGAACAGUUCAUUAACGAGGUGAUAAUUUUAUCUCAAAUUAAUCACAGGAACGUGGUUAAGCUUUUAGGGCGUUGUUUAGAGGCUGAAGUUCCUCUAUUGGUGUAUGAGUUCAUCCCGAAUGGUACAUUAUACGAUCUCAUUCAUAAUCAAAAUGAAGGGUUACCAUUGACAUGGGAAAUGCGUUUACGAAUUGCGAUUGAAAUUGCCAAUGCCUUGUUCUAUUUGCAUUCAGCUGCUUCUGCUCCUAUUUAUCAUCGAGACAUCAAAUCUAGUAACAUACUUUUGGAUGAGAAAUAUAGGGCAAAAGUAUCAGAUUUUGGAACUUCAAGAUCAGUUGCACUCGAACAAACACAUCUAACCACUCGAGUGCAAGGAACUUUUGGAUACAUGGAUCCGGAAUAUUUUCGGUCAAGUCAAUUUACAGAGAAGAGUGAUGUUUAUAGUUUUGGAGUUGUUCUUACUGAGCUUUUAACAGGACAAAAGCCCAUAUCCGUACAACAAUCAGAGUCAGUGAGAAGCUUGGUAUCAUAUUUUUUGCAUUCAAUGCAGGAGAAUUCCUUAUUUAACAUUCUCGAUCCAAUGGUAGUAAAGGAUGGUUCAGAAAAGGAGAUUAUAGUUGUGGCUUUGCUAGCAAAAAGAUGCUUGCAUUUUAACGGAAAGAAAAGACCCACCAUGAAACAAGUAGCAAUGGAGCUGGAGUUGAUUAAAGCUUCAGGUGGAAAUGUUAUUGAAGAUCGUGGUGAUGAGGAAUCUGAAAUAGAUGACAUGAUCCAUUUAUGGGAGACCAAUCCUAGUAGUUCAAUGUCUAGGACAAUUACAACCGACAGUGUAACUUUUCCAUUAAAUUCAUCUUUCUAGUUUCCGACA